UAUUCCUACCUUAAGCUAAAAAAGCAACUCAUAUUCAAUUUUACUUUAACAUAAUGGGGAGGUCUCCAAGUAGCGAUGACAGCAACCUCAAGAAGGGGCCAUGGACUCCGGAGGAGGAUCAGAAGCUGAUAGAUUACAUCAACAAAAACGGCUGUGGAAGCUGGAGAGCUCUCCCCAAGCUUGCUGGCUUGAACAGAUGUGGGAAGAGCUGCAGACUCAGGUGGACCAAUUAUCUGAGGCCUGAUAUCAAGAGAGGCAAAUUCUCAGAAGAUGAAGAGAGACUCAUCAUUAAUCUUCAUUCAGUUCUUGGAAACAAGUGGUCAAGGAUUGCUACUCAUCUUCCAGGGAGGACAGACAAUGAGAUCAAGAAUUUCUGGAACACACACAUAAGGAAGAAGCUGCUUCAAAUGGGAAUUGACCCUACCACCCACAAGCCAAGAACUGAUCUCAAUCAUCUUUUAAGCCUUUCUCAGCUUCUUUUUGCUCCACAAAUUUCAAACUUGAUCAGUUUGAAUUCUUUGGACACUGCCCUCAAAUUACAGGCCGAUCAUGCUGCUCAACUUGCCAAAAUCCAACUUCUGCUUCAAAUUAUCAACACAAAUACACUACUUCCAAAUAUCGACAGUACUGCUGCUGCUGCUGCUCUAUUGCGGUCCCAAAAUCUUCAGCCAUUUGAUGCACAAGCUAGUGGGAUAAGCAAUAACCAAACUCCUCUGCCCCCCUCGAACUCAAGUGCAAUAAAUGAAAAUUCAAAGGCAUAUUUUGACAUGCGUAAUAAGAGCUUGAGUGGAUCAUCUGAUGUUGAAGCAGGGAAUUCACUUCCUGCAUUGGUUUCUGAAUCUCCUGAGACUUGUACCAAUGAUAAUAACCAGGGAGAAACACAGGCCAAUACGAAUGAUUCAUCGAUCUUUGAGGCUUGGCAGAAGUUUAUGGAUGAUGAACCUAGCGGUACCUAUUGGAAAGAUGUCCUCGACUUGACUCCGUCGUCGCCAUCGCCUGUUUCAUGGUAGAAGGCCUUCUUGUGAAGAUACAUGAUACCAGUAGCUGCUUUGUACUGAGAAAAAUACUAGUUUCAUUAAGAUAUUUAAGAGGAAUUUCUUCAUAUACUUUGUUCAUUUAGGAUGUUUAAUCAAGAUAUACUUGUGUG